ACGCAUAUAUAGUUCAAACAUUUGACCGUCAAUUUAAUCUCUCGAGAACUUCCAUGAAUGCGAUUUUGUCAACAUGGAUAAAGUUGAAGAGCUUGUGCUUGAGUCUGAGACCAAUCUUGGCUCAUUCGCAUUCAUUGACUUCUUCCCUGCCGGUCUUGGGUGGGCUAUUGAUCGGAUAUCCGGCCAACAUUCGAGGUUGCACAAAGCCUUUGCUAGACUAAGUAAUUUCUUUCAACAUGUGAUCGAUGAUCAUUUGAAGCCUGGGCAAUCUCAAGAUCAUUCAGACAUCAUUGGUGUCAUGUUGGAUAUGAUCAAUAAAGAGAGCAAAGUCGGCUCUUUUAAAGUCACCUAUGAUCAUCUAAAAGGAGUCAUGUCGGAUGUAUUUUUGGCCGGAGUGAACGCAGGAGCGAUCACAAUGAUAUGGGCGAUGACCGAUUUACCCGAUGGAAUGACCAUUGCAGACAUUAACAUGGAAGAAGCUGGAGCUUUCGUCAUUGCCAAGAAAGUCCCACUUGAGCUCGUGCCAGCUCUUCAUUACUGAUCGCUGAUGCCUUGAGAACACUCUACGGUCGUCAUAUGUGUUUAUUUGGCUAUUUUCUAGUCCCACGAUUCUUUUAUCUGUUACUUCUUUUGUAUAUGUUCUCAUGUGUCACCUGUUCGUUUAUUAAAAUUUGUAAGUCUUG